UAUAUAAGUUUGUUCUUCUUUUAUUCACUUGCCAAAUCUCGGAUGGGAAAGUGUCUGAGAUUCCCGCAACUCUAUGAUAAUGGAGGAUUUGGUGAAUUUAACCCAGCAGUGCGCUCCCAAUGGAGAGCGCAGCUCAGCAUACAACUCGCCGAUCAUCAUUAUUACAUGCGUCCUCGGCUUCAUUGGCAACGCCAUUGCUUUGUGGAUCUUCUGCUUUCAUGUCAAGACCUGGAAACCGAACACGGUCUAUUCCCUGAACCUGGCGAUUGCGGAUACACUUUUAAUCUGCUGCCUCCCUUUCCGUGCCGGCUACUACAUACGCAAGAAGGACUGGAUCUUUGGAGAUGUGGCCUGUCGCCUGAACAUCUUCCUGAUCUCCUUAAACCGCAUUGGCAGCAUCAUCUUCCUGAUGGUGAUAGCCAUCGACCGCUACUUUAAGGUGGUCCACCCCCAGCACAUGGCAAACAAGCUGACCCCGAGGUGUGCGGCCAAGAUAGCAGGAGCCCUGUGGGGCAUGGCAGUGGCAAUUUGCACGCACUUGUUGGUGGAUCGGCACCACUUCCAGCGAAACAACUCGACCUUCUGCGAACCCUUCAACAUCAACCACCCUCUGAAUCCCACCGCAAUUUGGACCUACGCCGUGUUUAUUUUCUUCAAGUUCAUCUUGCCGGUCUCCGUUAUACUUUUCUCCACCUCGAGCAUCAUCUGGAGGUUAAGGCAGAUGGAGAGCGAUAUGAGAGGGAAAUAUAAACGUGCCACCAAGCUUGUGAUAGCCGUGGCAGCGGUUUUUAUAAUCUGUUUCCUGCCCACCAAUAUUGCUGUGGUCGCCGUUUUGAUCACUCGACUCAGAAGAUCGGUGGACUGCAACUCCUAUGUCAUUGCAGUCAAUAUCUUUUAUAAUACUUUAUUCAUGACGUAUCUGAACAGCGUUAUCGACCCUGUUAUUUACUACUUUUCGAGUUCGGCGUUCAAAGGCGCUUUGAAGAAAGCUCUCGCCCCUCUCAAUGUUAGCUUGGCCAAAUCAACCACCGAUCAAGAAAUGGACCCACGCGAGUCUAAAGCAGAACCCUCGAAAGAUCGAUACCUCAGCUCUGAUAUACUUCUCUGAUCACCUGAGACCACUGUGUCAACUUUGUAAGAAAAGAAAAUCCCACUCUGCGUUUGGCAGAUGUGACAAUGAUAGCACAACUGAACCAUUAAACUGGAUUCUACUGUCAGAGGGUGAAAACGGACACUUCCAGAUUCAAGGACAAUUUCUUCCCAGGCAACUGAACGAUUCUAUAAACAACUAGAAAACGGUCCUGAUCUACUUUCUACCUCAGUGGAGACCCUCAGACUAUUUUUAAUGGGA